UGUUUUUUUGUUUUGGAAGAUUUGAAGGACUGAUCUUCCAAGCUUUCUCCAGGCAAGAUGUUGCGCUGCCAGCGAGCGGCUGGGUACCUCGUCUUGGCCGUCACCCUCUUCCAGUGGCAAUCCAGGACACCUUUCCAGGUAGCGGCAUUGCAAGAGCAGCCUCUGGCUCCUUCUUCUCCCCUGGGCGAGGGUCGCCUGUCUCUGUCUGGCCAGGAGAAGCCAGCUGCCGACCUGGUCGCAAAGCUUCUCCUCUUCGACGAGCUGGUGUCCCUCGAAAAUGAUGUCAUCGAGACGAAAAGGAAGCGGAGUUUCUCGGGGUUUGGCUCCCCUCUCGACAGGCUUUCGGCCGGAUCCCUGGACCUGAAAGCCAAGCAGAGGAAAGUUGUGGAAAUUCCAAAGAGGCGGUUUGGAAUCCCCCUUGACCGGAUCGGAGUGAACCGUCUGAGCAACACCAGAGGUUUGCCCGCCCUUGUGGACGACCUCCGCAGAAUAUCCCCCACUGCAAAAGGCACUUCCGCGAGUCCCACCGCCACGCCCAGCGACUUUGCAAUUCAGAAACAGGCCUCCUAAAGCAAGACAGAAGAAGCAUGCCUCCAGUUCUCGUUAUAGCAGGAUCUGCCCACUAGACCAGACUUCCUUCCAGCUGACGCUCUGCUCUCCUCAAUAAGGGAACAGAAAGUGUUGUUUUUUUUCUAUUGUUUGUUUGUCUGCUU